CGCCUAUAAAUAGCCUCUCUCCGAUUCCCUCUCAUUCUCACAAGCUAAAUCCUCCGUUUCAUCUGCAUCUACCGUUCUUGAGCAAACCCUUAUUCGCUCUCCCAAAUUUCUAGUGGUUACCUCUCAUUUCUUUCUUGGGGAAUUGCCGAGGAAUUCUUGGUUUUCUCUGUAUUUAUUCCGCCAUUGACGAAGAUUAUUUAGAGGAAUUGUGGAUGUGGUAAUGGAGACGAAAGGCGGUAAGAAGAAAUCUAGCAGUGGUAGUAGCAAUAGUAGUAAACGACAGCAAUACGAAGCUCCUCUUGGCUACAUUAUUGAAGACGUUCGUCCCCACGGUGGAAUUGAGAAGUUCCGAUCUGCUGCGUAUUCCAACUGCGUGAGGAAGCCGUCCUGAUACCUUUUCCGGCCUUAAUGACUCCAUCUGUAGAAUAGAACAUCCGAUUUUCGAAUUUGCUUUGUUUCGUGAUAAUAAAUUAGGAAUUUCUUCUUCGCUUUGAUCCGAAACCUUCCAAAGUUCUCUGUCGAUUUUGAUUUUGUUGAUUUUUCGUGCUAUUUUGAGGCAUUCGAUUAACUCUGCAACCAUGACUGUGUUAACCAAACUCACAGACUCAUCCGCGCCUCCGGCGCCGGAAAUUCCGCCUCCUUCUCCAAUCGGCUUCGAAGGCUUCGAAAAACGCCUUGAAAUCACAUUCUCGGAGCCGUCCGUUUUCCAGGACCCGGAAGAACUCGGUCUCCGAGCUCUGAAUCGGUCUCAACUCGACUCAAUCCUCGAACCUGCUUGCUGCACUAUCGUUUCUCACCUCUCCAACUCCGAUUUCGAUUCUUACGUCCUCUCCGAGUCGAGUCUCUUCGUUUAUCCACGAACAAUCAUCCUCAAAACUUGCGGCACAACCAAGCUUCUCCUCUCCAUCCCG